AUGGAUACCCUCCUUUUGAUCACCACUCUCUCCAUUGUAUUUCAAACGCAAGUUCCACUAGUUCACAGCUAUGGCCAUGACAGUACCUGCAGAUCAUACUGUGGGAACAUAACACUUGAUUACCCAUUUUCACUCCAAUCAGGAUGUGGCCAUCCAGGCUUCCAGGACCUCUUAUUUUGCAUCAAUGAUGUUCUUAUGUUCCACAUUAUCUCGGGUUCGUAUCGUGUUCUAGACAUAGACUAUGCUUACCAAUCCCUCACAUUACAUGACCCUCAUCUGUCAACCUGUGACUCAAUUGUCCUAGGAGGCCUCGGUAACGGGUUCGUGGUCGAGCAGUCUCGUGCCUCGUACCUCAACCCCACCUCGGACAAUGUGUUCAUGCUCAUAGGUUGUUCAGUUUCAUCACCACUGUUCCGAGGUUUCCCAGGAAAGCAUCUACCAUGUCGAAACGUUUCGGGCAUGGGCUGUGAGGAGUACUAUGAAUGCCCAGCCUGGAACACAAUUGGGUUCAGGAGGGUGGGCUCGGCGUAUGGAUCGGGCCUGCCAGAGUGUUGUGCAGUGCCAUUUGAGGGGUAUAGCAGUGCCUACAGUCUCGCGCCGCUGCGGGCCUCCGGGCCGGGCCAGUGGGAAUAUGGGAUACGGGUCAACCUGCAGAGACAGAAAGCAAACACAAACUCAAAAGCCGGCCCAAAUCUUCUUGAAAACCCAAAAUGCCCUCCCAAAAGAGCAGAAAACCCCAUAAACAAUUCAGCCAGAUUCUUCAACACCUCAAAAGAAGUCCCCUAA